AUGUACACCGCCCUCCUCGCUGGCCUCACCCUCAUCACCGGCGCUGCCGCCGAGAUUGCCAUCCUCUACCCCUACGCCGGUGCGACCUGCCCGCCACCGACCCCAAGGAGUUCAGAGUCCUUCUCUCGGGCGGCGGCAUGGCCGGCCCCCAGCAGCUCGCUCAGGAGGGACGCCGUUCUCCUUCCUCAGCUCAACCCUGGCGAUGGUUACUCUAUCUCAUUUGUCAACACCACCAACGAGGCCCAGGUCUACGCAAAGUCGAACGCCUUUAAGAUUGAGCAGGGCAUCGCGCCCACCACCCUCUCGAGCGCCAGCGCGUCCGCGACUACGGCCACCAACGCCAUUCCCAACGUCUCGGUCGCCCCCACCGCCAACCCCUUCGCUUCGACCUCGGCCAAGCCUAACGGCGCUGCCCAGAUGGCUGCCCCCGUCGUUGCGGCCGGUGCCAUCGCUGCCGCUAUCAUCGCUGCCAUCUAA